AUGGAUUCAGAUGACAACGAUAAGACUUCUGAUGAGAAUAUCCGGAGUUCGUUGGGAGAUGAGGUCACCGGGCUUCGAGCAAAACGAUUGAUUGCCACAUUGGUAUGCCUGUUUGUUCUAUUUAUGAUCACUUUAAUCACUCUGGCUCUCAAUAUCUGGAUAAUUUCCACCCUACGAAUGUCAUCCAAUGGAAUUCCAUUCCUUAGAUUUUACCAUAGUUUCAAUGAAAAAACCAAGGACAUGGAAAAGACGAUUGAAAUGAGUGGGAACAAAAUCCGAUUCGACAAAGUGGUCUCCAAUAAAAUCAUGGGAUUCCCAGAGAAAGAUAUAACAAUCACUGCUCCACGAAUGUUAAUGACGUCACGACAAAACGAUAGUCUUCUGGUGAUGAGUGAGAAGUUGUGCAAGCUGGAGAGAGUCAAUAAUUUCCAGGUGCUGUCCCCGAAAGACGGUAGAACGCUUUUCUCCGCCCGACAUCCUACAGUAACCAUUGACAAACGUAUCAAGAAAUUAGCCGCUGAGAGAAUUAUUACGAAUAAAAUCAGGUCGGCAGUUGAUGAGACUCUGAAGGUGAACGGAGAGAAUGUGGUGUUACGUGGAAAUGAGCAAGUAAGGAUUGAUGCAAGGAAUGUGAAUUUCGAGGGUAUGAAACGGAUGGUUUUUAAUAUUUCGCGCGACGGAAUCCUCCACAUGCGUGGCCGUGUUCGCCUGGGGACGGAACGUCUUCUCUUCCAAUGUCCACAUCUCCGUCCCUAUCUGCCAGUCUGGAUGGAAUGCGUCUUUGUGCUUGUGCUCAAUUCCACCACAAACUGUUUAUCGUUCCAGCCAAUAAGCACUGUUUUACCAGUAACACAUUUUGUUCAUGAAAUUCUUUGA